AUGAAAUUGAGGCCUGGAUGUAUUUUUAAUUUUUUGUAUCUUGACAGGGUUCAUAUUUUACUGUCUGUCAGAAAUACCACAGUGCUUUUGGAGUAUUUUAAACUCUUGGAUGUCCAUGAUAGCAAUACUUUAAAUGAUGUCCAAUUUUUUUAUUUUCUUCGCUGUAUCACGGACAUGAGCAAAGCGCAGAUAAAGACAACUUUCAAUAUGUUCGAUUGGAGAGCCUCUGGGGAGAUCGGAUUUGAAGAGUUUUACAUGUUGGUUUGCAUCAUAAUUGCUAACAAGGAUAAAAUGGAGCAGCAGUUUCUUUAUCGUCACUCCCGGUCCAUCUUUGACCUAAUUGACAUGGAUGGGGGGCACACCAUCACUCCAGCAGAAUUCUAUGCUGCUGGAUUUCUCUUCAACAUCAAAGGACGUACUCAUUUGCAGAUGUUUCAAGAUUACAGUGGAAGUGGCGGUGAGAACCUCACCUACAAUGAAUUCAAAAUGUUCAUCAUGGCCUUAAUAGAUAAACAAGAAAGCAUGAAUGAAGAUAAAAGGAAAAAGAAACAGAAACAGAACCAGCCAAUAAAGGAUUUACUUUCUCAAAGGAAUUCUCUGUUACCAUUGUAA